UGGCGGUAUACACCUUUACGAUGGUCUGUAACCCUCCAUAAAAACAAAAGAAGAAGAAGAAGAAUAGAGGGAGAGACGAGAAAGCGUGAGAGACGAGACGAGUGCUGAAACUCAAAGAUUAAAACUAAAAUCGACGCUGAAAAAUCGUGAAUGAAGGACAAAUUUGGAAUAUUUUCUUCGGAUAUAUUUUCAUUCUGCAGAUCUGGUCCUGUGGGCGUCAGUAUCACACAGUGAUCACAGUUCACACCUGCAGUGAAGCUCCUCCCACAACAAUUCACCAAUAAAUACUGGGAAUAUUCACAUCAUCCUACAAGAGAAGGACAAACUCCAGGUGUAGCAGCUGAAAUCUGUGUGACUGUUAAAGAUGGAGUUUAUUAAAGAGGAGAUUGAAGACAUGAGUAUUUCAGAACCAUCCAGAAUAAAACAUGAAGAAACUGAGGAACAAAUAGACCAGAUGGAGGUGAUUGAGCAAAAGCACAAACUGAAUGAAGUUAAAGAGGAGAAACACGACUUAAAAACUCAAGGAACAAAAGCCAAAAAGCUGCACACCUGCUCACAGUGUGGAAAGAGUUUCAGACAAAAAGGAAACCUAAAAACACACUUGAGAGUUCACACUGGAGAAAAACCGUUUACAUGCACUCAGUGUGGAAAGAGUUUCACAAAUAAAGCAACCCUUAAUGUACACAUAAGAGUUCACACUGGAGAGAAACCAUAUACAUGCAAUCGGUGUGGAAAGAGUUAUGCUGGUGAACCAGGUCUCAGAUAUCAUCUGCGCAUUCAUUCUGGAAAAAAGCCAUUUAACUGUGAUCAGUGUGGUAAAGAUUUUAUUUCAUCAUCACAGCUAAAAAAGCACAUGAAAGUUCAUUCAGAUGAGAGGCCUUAUGUGUGUUCUCUCUGUGGAAAGAGUUUUUCACGGCUGGACUAUUUUAAACUGCACCAGAAAUCACAUGAUGGAGUGAGAGAUCAUGUGUGUUGUGACUGUGGGAAGAGCUUUAUUACUGCUGACAGUUUGAAACAGCACCAAAGAAUUCAUACUGGAGAAAAACCUUACAAGUGCUCAUAUUGUGACAAGAGUUUCACUCAGUCUGGACGCCUGAAAAGACAUGACCGAGUUCAUACUGGAGAGAGGCCAUAUCACUGUACUCAGUGUGGGAAGACUUUCAAAGAUGGAACAGGUUUCAGAAAUCAUCUGCUUCGUCACUCUGGAGAAAAGCCUUUUAACUGUGAUCAGUGUGGUGCAAAGUUUAUUUUAUCAUCACAUCUAAAACGACACCUGAAAGUUCAUUCAGAUGAGAGGCCUUAUGUGUGUUCUUUGUGUGGAAUGACUGUUUUUGGGCUGAUGAAUUUUAAACAGCACAAGAAAACACAUAAUAAAGGAAGAGAUCAUGUGUGUUUGGACUGUGGGAAGAGUUUUACAAGAUCUGACUGUCUGAAACAGCACCAAAGAAUUCAUACUGGAGAAAAACCUUACAAGUGCUCAUAUUGUGACAAGAGUUUCAAUCAGUACGGACACCUGAAAUCACAUGAGCGAGUUCAUACCGGAGAGAAGCCGUAUUGCUGUACUCAGUGUGGAAAGAGUUUUAGCCAUUCAUCAAGCAGGAAUAAAUGUUGCAAGUGAUCAACAUGUGUUUUUAUGUCAGAUACAUUCAAGUAAAUUCUGUGAGACAAGAUGAGUUUGUUCUCAAAGCACAAUAUCAUCUAGAUUAAAGGUAGGGUAGGCUAAGUGUUUUAUAAACACUUUUUAUUACACUGUUUGAAACUCUUCACAAUCUGAUAGCAAUCAAUAAUAGAAGUAGUCUUAAUAUUAAAACAUGUAUAUAUAUCUGUGCAAGUCUCAGUCUGAAUGCAGUGAUACAAUGUCCUAUCUGCUGAUCAAAUUAUUUAUUUCCAUACCUCCGCACACCUGCUCGCGCAGAUGGCACAUCAUCAGUGUGUUCCUCAAGCUGUGCAGAGAUGUAGACAGAGAGUCACUGAGCUCCUCAAACAAACAGCAGCCGCCUUUUACAGUUCCUCCUAAUCCAAAACAACAAGAUUAUUCUGUGAUCACAUCAUGUCAUAGCCAUAAUUACGAGAUGGCAACCCAUGAUUUUCUAUCCGAAUGUUGUGCUCGUUCAGGUGUUUUGAAGGAGGUGUAUCUUUGAAGAGCACUCUGAAGGGAGGGUGGGAUCUCAUGCUUUCAAUAGCUAGCUUGCUAUUGUUAGGCUCUCAGAAAUUGCUUACCACACCUUUAAAUUUGUGAAUUUAGUUAAAAGCUUGGAGAACAGAAACAAUAUUUUGACUGUCCACUGGCCUUCCUGUGAGUUUUUUUGUCUUUUGUUCCAUUUUGUUUGUUUCUGGUUUGGUGUUUCCAUAGGAACACUAAUUGUUCAGCUCUCAGGCUGAUUACCUUCACCUGUUAAGCAUUACCUGUUCCCUAUAUAUAUACACUCCUUUUUGUCUUGUUCUUUGCCAUUGUUCUUUGUGGUGCUGGUUUGUUACAGCUCUCUCUGUUUUUUUUCUACUUUUUGUGUGUGUGUGUGUGUGUGUGUGUGUGUGUGUGUGUGUGUGUGUGUGUGUGUGUGUGUGUGUGUGUGUGUGUGUGUGUGUGUUUGUGUGUGUGUGUGUGUGUGUGUGUGUGUGUGUGUGUGUCUUUUGGACUUACCUGUUUUGGAUUUUUCAGUGGACUCUGGCUCCAGCAUCUUUCUGCAGAUUCAUUCUCCAGCCCAGGUCUGCGUUUCCCAAAAGCAUCGUAAGCUUAAGUUGAUCGUAGCUCCAUUGAAACCAGUGGAGCUACGAUCAUCUUAGGCUUAUGAUGCUUUUGGGAAACGCUACCCAGGUCAUUUCCAACUUUUCCUUUCCUUCUGUUGCAAAUCAACUGGACUUGAUUUGCUGGACUUGAUUUUUGUUGAACAGCUUUGUCUCUAUGGACAUUUAAUAAACUAUUAAAUCAAUUUCCUCUGCAUUUGAGUCAAUUUUUUUCAUACAGUUGUGUGACAUUGUCUUGAUUGAUAGAUUUAAUGAGUACAGAGAAUGAGUUAUGUAGUUUCAAUCACAUUACUGCUUUAAACAUUCUAUCUUAAUACUGUGAUAAAUAUGUUUGGGAUGUACAGCAUUACUGUAAAAAUCAACCCAAAUUACCAGGUAUGUAAUCAUACAAAGAGGUUGGAGUUCAUUUUAUCCUUUAUUUUUGACUGCUUAAAAACAAAGUACCAAAGCUUCAGUUCGCCAGGAAAAUACUAAGCUAAUAUUCAACUAUAUAAACAAACUGUUAAUCAUUUGCAUUAUUUACUACUGGUUUUAAAGUCCAGCUGCACUAAGUCAAAAGCUUGGAAGUAAACAGGAUUUACAGGACAACAGGCUUUCAAACCUGCAGAAACAUAAUUAUAAUAGUGUUUUAUGUUGUUAGUAAAGGGAAACAUCAUGGCUCUGAGGGAUAUGUAGUCUUUACAGUGGCACGUAGUGAAUAACUGUCCUAAAUCACUCACAACUUUACCGGCAUAACGGCUGGGUUUCUGCUGUUUCAAAAGCGCCAUCUAUUGACAGAAUAAAUGCGCCUUUUCAUUCAGCGUGUUGAGGUUGUUUACAUCCGAGUGCGCAUGUCUUUGACGCACCACACGCGCAGUGUACAUUUAACCGGCUGAUGGAAAGUAUUCUAGUAAUUCUUCUUCUAAAAUGCAUUCUAAACUAAAUAACUCGCAAUACGGAAUUAUUAACUGUAUUUUGAAGUGCCUACGAUAAAAACACACGCUCACUUAUGUUCUGACUGGACAUUUGCUACGCUAUUUUUCAACGCAAUUGCGCUGCACUCCAAUAGAUGGCGCGAAUGCGCCUUUAAAGCGAUUUACAAACUACCAGAAGACGUAAAAGAAGAAGACGAUGGUCCUGAGAAGAAAUAACAGGAGAAAUACAAGAGCAAACAACUGACAUUUAUGUGCCGUACUAUUGUAAAGAUGGAGUUUGUUAAAGAGGAGAUUGAAGACAUGAGUGAUCCAGAACAAUCAAGAAUAAAACAUGAAGAUACUGAGGAACAAAUAGAUCUGGUGUCCCUCCCACAACAAUUCACCAAUAAAUACUGGGAAUAUUCACAUCAUCCUACAAGAGAAGGACAAACUCCAGGUGUAGCAGCUGAAAUCUGUGUGAAGAUGGAGUUUAUUAAAGAGGAGAUUGAAGAUCCAGAACCAUCCAGAAUAAAACAUGAAGAUACUGAGGAACAAAUAGACCAGAUGGAAGUGAUGGAGCAAAAACACAAACUUAAUGAAGAAGAGGAGAAACAUGACUUCAAAACUCAAGAAACAAAAGCCAAAAAGCUGCACACCUGCUCACAGUGUGGAAAGAGCUUCCAAGAUAAAAGAAACUUUAACAGACACAUGAGAGUUCACACUGGAGAAAAACCGUUUACAUGCACUCAGUGUGGAAAGAGUUUUACUCAAUCAUCAAGUCUCAGUAAUCAUCUGUUCCUUCACUCUGGAGAAAAACCUUUUAACUGUGAUCACUGUGGUAAAGAUUUUAUUUCGUCAUCAAAUCUAAAAAAACACCUGAAAAUUCAUUCAAAUGACAGGCCUUAUGUGUGUUCUCUCUGUGGAAAGAGUUUUUCACGACUGAACAGUUUUAAUUUGCACCAGAAAACACAUAAUGAAGUGAGAGAUCAUGUGUGUUCAGAGUGUGGGAAGAGCUUUACUACAUCUAGUCAUCUGAAACAGCACCAAAUAAUUCAUACUGGAGAGAAACCUCACAAGUGCUCAUCUUGUGACAAGAGUUUCACUCGGUCUGGACAACUGAAAAUACAUGAGCGAGUUCAUACUGGAGAGAAGCCAUACCACUGUACUCAGUGUGGAAAGCGUUUCAAAGAUGCAACAGCUUUAAAAAUUCAUCUGCGCAUUCACUCUGGAGAAAAACCAUUUAACUGUGAUCAGUGUGAUAGAAAGUUCAUUUCGUCAUCACAUUUAAAAAAACACCUGAAAGGUCAUUCAGAUGAGAGGCCCCACUUAUGUUCUCUCUGUGGAAAGAGUUAUUCAAGGCUGGAUCAUUUCAAACUGCACCAGAAAUCACAUAAUGACGUGAAAGAUUAUUUAUGUUGUGACUGUGGGAAGAGCUUUACAACAGCUGACAAUCUGAAACAGCACCAAAGAAUUCAUACUGGAGAAAAACCUUACAAGUGCUCAUAUUGUGACAAGAGUUUCGCCCUGUCUGGAAACAUGAAAUCACAUGAGCGACUUCAUACUGGAGAGAAGCCGUACUGCUGUUCUCAGUGUGAGAAGAGUUUUAGACAUUUAUCAAGUCUUCACGCUCAUAUUAAUAAAUGUUUUAAGUGAUCAACAUUCGUUUUCAUGUCAAAUAUAUUCAAGUAAAUUCUGUGAGAUAAAAUAUUGAGUUUGUCCUAAAAGCACAAUAUCAUCUAGAUUAAAGCUGUCCACUGGCCUUCCUGUGAGUUUUUUGUAAGGUUGUUUUUCUACACGACAGCGGUGUACAAAAAACAGACCUUUGCCAGAAUGUUCUUUGUGGUGCUGGUUUGUUACAGCUCUCUGUCAGUUUGAUGUUCUCACAAAGUUUUUUCUACUUUUUUUUCUUAGUAAGUGUUUUGUUUUUUUGUGCCUUUUGGGCUUACCUGUGUUUGGAUUUUUCAGUGGACUCUGGCACCUUUCUAUUUCUGUACAUCUUUCUCUGAACAUUUAAUAAACUGUUAAUUAAAUUC